CAAUAAUAAUAAUACCCUGCGGCUGGGAAUUUUUCAUUUCAAUUCGAAGCAAAGCAAAGCAAUUAGAGAAUCCAAUCAACAAUUAUAUUGGUAGAGUUGAAAUCUCGCGAAUCGAAGAUGGAAUUUGAAGGAUCAUCGAAGAAGAUGAUUGCAACACAAGAGGAGAUGGUGGAAGCUAGGGUUCCAUUGGCUUACAGAGAUCAAUGCGCUCAUUUGCUCAUCCCUCUCAACAAAUGCAGACAAGCUGAAUUCUAUCUUCCAUGGAAGUGCGAGAAUGAACGCCACUCUUAUGAAAAGUGCGAGUACGAACUCGUCAUGGAGAGAAUGCUUCAGAUGCAGAAGAUCCGCGAAAAUCAAAAUGCUAAUUCCAAACAACCCGUUACCCAGGGUCAGGGUGCUGCUAUUCCUCUCAUCCCUAAACCCGCCAAUGCUUGAUCCCUCUCUCGUUAUUUAAACUUUUGGCAGGAAUCUUUGCUUGUGUGGGAUGUUCUUUCAUGUUUUUCUAUUUUUUGGAUUCAAAGUUGCCUUGGAAUGUUUGUCCAGAGACUUAUACAGACUGAUUUUCUUGCUAUUUUCCCUGUGGUAAACCAUGUUUGUACUUGAAGAAAUAAAAUCUCAUAAAGGGAAUCACGAUUGCGUUCAUGAAUCCACAUAUUUUGCUUCCAUUAGUCACAAUAGUAGUUGAAAAUAUAUAUAAUACUUGGUUA